GUUUCGUAUUCGUGCGUUGUUUUACAGUUCUUGAUUUUGUGUAGCGAAAUGGUGAUGAAUUCCUAAACUGAUCAUACAACGCUUUUGCUCGAUGUGGGACUGCGCAGUGAUCGGUUGCCCGAACGGCAGGUUUAACGCUCAAAAAAGUUUGGGCCGUGUCUCGUUUCAUGUGUUUCCACAUCCCGUGCGUGAGUCCAAUCGCUUUCGACGAUGGCUUGCGCUGAUCAACAAUCCGCGGCUGCUGCGAAUGAACCCGUUGGGCGUAUUCAAAAGCGCCCGAGUUUGCCGUCGACAUUUCGGGCCAGAUUGUUUCAAUGGCGCGUGUCGUAAUUUGCUACCGAUCGCCAUUCCCACGCUAUAUCUUCCGGAGGUGCGGCCGGUAGCCUUGGUGCAACCGAUGGAUGCGGUAGGUGAUGAACUGGAACGGUUGCUUCGGGAAGAGCGCAGGCAGCAGUUGAAGCGUCAUGGCGCAGUUGAGACACCUUUCGAGGAUGAUUCGAACGAAAGUGGUAAACGACCCCGGAUAGGAGUUACUUUGAUGUCUUCCGAUGUGGACGAAGCAGACUGCAGCAUUGGAGACCGUUUUUUCGACCGUAUCAUUGCAUUUGAUGUGGAGGAAGCGUAUGACGAGAGAUCGCUGGUCAGCGAUUCAACGAUAUCGUCCGUAUGCGAUGGAAGUUAUGGAUUGACAAGCUUCACCGGGUUGGUAAUGAGUACAGCUGAACUGGAUACGUUGAAACAGGUGGAAAUACUAAACGAACCACCCGAGACGCUUUUGAACGAUUCACCAUCACCACCGGAUGAUCGUUCACGGGUACCAAUCGAAAAGGGCUACGAACAGCUUGUUAGAGAGUUCGCCAGCGAGGCUAGCAACGAUGAACAUGAGCAGCAAAUCCAAAGAAAGGAGGAUAUCGCGAGCAACAGUGAAAUCAAAACACUGCAGGAAGACGAUGCCACACAGGAGAUCGGAACGCAAGAAUUUCCCAAAGCUCCACUCAAUGAAGAGUUCUUCCAGAAGUGUCGUACGGAUUUUUACGACUGCCCAAAGAAUGUGCUCGCGCAGAAUGUGUGCACACGGAUAGAUCCCUUCGAUGCCUGUUUGUCGCGAAAAUCGCUAGAAAACACGCAACAUGUGUUCACGUACAAGAUCGAGAACGAAGGCAAACCGCUGACGAACCAGAAAAGUUCGGGUCGCUGUUGGUUGUUUGCGGCACUAAACUGCAUUCGCAUCCCAUUCAUCAAGCAGUACAAUCUGGACGAGUUCGAGUUCUCGCAGGCGUACCUGUUCUACUGGGAUAAGAUCGAGCGGGCCAACUACUUCCUGAACAAUGUUGUCGAUACGGCCAAGCGGGGCGAAGCAGUAGACGGCCGGUUGGUGUCGUUUUUGUUGUCCGAUCCGACGUGCGACGGUGGGCAGUGGGACAUGCUGGUGAACUUAAUCAACAAGCACGGACUGAUGCCGAAGAAAUGUUUCCCGGAGAGUUACAGCUGCGAGGCAAGCACCCGGAUGAACUCGGUCGUAAAGAGCAAGCUCCGCGAAUAUGCAAAGGAUUUGAGGAAGCUCAUCGAUAACGGUGCGACAGACGAUGAGGUGAAGGAUCGGGUGAAGAAGCAGAUGAACGAGGUGUACAACAUUGUCGGGAUCUGUCUCGGUAUUCCGCCGGAAAAGUUCACCUGGGAGUACUACGACAAGUCGAAGAAGUACCUUAAUAUUGGCCCCAUCCGUCCGAUCGAUUUUUACGAGAAGUACGUCAAGCCUUACUUCAACGUCGAUGACAAGGUGUGCUUGGUAACGGAUCCGCGCACGUCCAACCUUUACGGUCGUUCGUACACGGUCGACUGUCUCGGGAAUGUGGUGGGUGGCCGGCCGGUACUGUAUAACAAUCAACCGGUCGAACUGUUGCUCGAUUUGGUAACGAAAGCGCUUAAGUUUGGUGAGCCUGUUUGGUUCGGGUGCGAGGUUAAUAAGCGUUUCGCGGGCAAGCAAGGCAUCGAAGAUUUGGAUGUGCAUGACUUCAAGCUGGUUUUUGGAGUAGACAUUCAGACUACGAUGGAUAAAGCCGAUCGGUUGCUGUACGGCGAAUCGAUGAUGACACACGCCAUGGUGUUUACCGGUGUAUCGGUUGAUCCUAACAGCCAAAAGCCGACCAAAUUCCGCGUGGAAAAUUCCUGGGGUGAGGACCGUGGCGAGAAGGGUUACCUAAUAAUGACGGCCGAGUGGUUCAAGGAGUUUGUGUUUGAGGUAGUCGUCGAUCGCAGCAUAGUGAGCCAGGACGUGCUGGACGUAUUUGAUCUCCCGCCAAUCGUGCUGCCCGCGUGGGAUCCCAUGGGCACGCUGGCGAAGUAAACCUGCGGGCUGUAGCGACAAUUGUGGAUUGGUUUGAACAAGGCGUGAUGUGGUGUUUUUGUCUAACGCAAGGAAACACAUUCUAACGAUCGGGAGGCAUUUUUAUUCCUCCGCUCAAUUGACGGAAACAGUGUGUUCGCUAUCAAUAUAUAAUAAUGCAUAGAUACAACUGUCUAAGUAAUAUUGCAGCUUGUACAAAUACGUACGCGCACGUCGUUUAUUGCUGCUUCUUCGGCUGCUGCUGCUGUUUACUGUAACAAUGGAUGGUUUCAAACACCCUUUUGCAAAUGGAACAAUCACGCCAACGUUCAGCCUUUCCCUGGUACUGACGGUUGUCGGAUAGAGGACGACCUGCUAUGUUACAUCUGCUAAACACAAAUCUGAUAUACACAAUUAACAUUUAGGGAUAAUUUGAGCAAAUAUCCGUUUGAUAAGAGAUGGAAAACGAGAAUAAGAGAGGACGAGAAGGCGAGAGAGGGAAGUGUGAAUAACAAGAAUUAUAAUUUUUUUAUAAUGAAAAAGGAGAAAUAGAAUUUGCAAUAUAUUUCAAAACCUCUAACCAAAUCGGGUGUAACACCAC